AUGGCCGACCCAGAAGCCCUCACCGCUUUGCGCCAGCAAGUCAAGGCCAAGUUCUCCCUGGUGCGCAUCACGCAAGACUGGACCCGCUACGAUUACGCCGUCGCCCACUUGAACGCACGUUAUACAAGCGAGGUCCGGGAUAUCCUUUCCAACCCACCAACGGCCAACCUCUAUGAACACCUCAAGACUGAACUUAUCCGCCGCCUGUCGCUCACGGAAGAACAGAAGAAUGGGAAUGCCGCCCUGAAACAGUUUUGCCUGGAGAGGGGCUUCACUUUCCUGGAUGGUCUUGUGGACAACUGGCCUGGAUGCCUGAGCAGGGAUGGUGUCCACCCCAGACGCUUUGGCAACAAAGUGCUGGCAGGCUUCCUGCAUCGGGAGGCCUAUGUCUUGUCCAUCCAUCUAGAGAGGAGACGAAUCCAGCAGUCCUAUAGGGAGUCCAAGGCAUCGGCAUGGAAUGGGUGGACUCAGCAGGAGAGCGUCCCCACCAUUUCGGAGGCUGAUUUUCCUCCACUUGAGAAGGCCAGUGCUGAAGAAGCAGCUGUGCCACAGGCUGUCUGCCAGCAUGGCGACAGUGAGUGGAAACUGGUGCAGUCAAAGAAGAGGCGGCGGAAGGCUGCGGCACUGCGCAAGCAAGAGCAGAGCUGUGAACUGUGUGCAGACAACAGUGCAUCACAAUUCGUGACUGCAAGGGUUAUAUGCAUAACUGGAACACGUAAGAAAAUAUGGGUACACGCAUAUCGGCAAAAUCUUCCUACAUUUGGUAAUAAUACAAAGAAUCGCAUUGAGUGUCACAAUCAAAAGAUUAAAAACUAUGUCGCUUCAAGCAUGAAUGUGGUUCAAGCAGCGGAAGCAUUGGUAGGUUACAUUGAUAAAGAUGCCUUAUCUCGAAAAUUCUCCAAGCUUAACGAAGUGAAGCUGAACCAAAACGUAAAUGAUUUGAAUGACCCAUUUCAGCUAGACUUGUCCCGUAACUGUACUUCUGAGGCUACGAGUAAAGUGCUUGAGCAGUAUGACAAGUUUAAAAAUGUGCGUUAUCAGGUAACUUCCACUGCUAAUUCUUAUGUAGUAGUUUCUCCAAUAUCGGAGUACAGUGUUUCAAUAUGCCUGACUUCUUGCACAUGUGCUCUUUAUUAUCAGUAUGCUCUGCCUUGUGCACAUAUUUUAGCAGUGCGCAACUUUACUAAGCAAGAUCUUUUCGAUAAAGCAUGCAUUCCGUACAGGUGGCGUAAGGAUAAUUCCAUAAGUGACAGCUACACAACUACUACUGCCACACCAUUGGUCACAAGCAGCAUUCAGCCACCGCCCUCUGUGAAGCUUGACACUGCACAAGAGAAGUAUUCUUAUGCUUAUAGAAGGUUUAUAGAAUUUUAG